AUUUCAGAGUCUGUCUGCCUCCAUCCAGCCCCAGUUCCUCAUCACUGCUCCUGUGCUCUCUCACUGGUCAUUGUAGACCCCACAUUCCAAAGAGAGAAUGUUCCAGAAUAAAGCUCUGAUCCUGAGAGCCCUCUCUCUGGCUUUCCUUCUGAGUCUCCAAGGAGCUGAGGCCAUCAAGGCAGACCAUAUAUCAACUUAUGAAGAGUUUGUACAGACACAUAGACCUUCUGGAGAGUAUAUGUUUGAGUUUGAUGAGGAUGAGAUGUUCUACGUGGAUCUGGAUAAGAAGGAGACUGUCUGGCAUCUGCCGGAGUUUGGCCGAGCCUUUUCCUUUGAGGCUCAGGGUGGGCUGGCCAACAUCGCCAUAAUGAAGAGCAAUUUGAAUGUCAUGAUCAAACGUUCCAACCACACCCAGGCCACCAGUGAGCCCCCCGAGGUGACCGUGUUUCCCAAGGAGCCUGUGGAGCUGGGUCGGCCCAACACCCUCAUCUGCCACCUGGACAAGUUCUUCCCGCCGGUGCUCAACGUCACGUGGCUGCGCAACGGGCAGCCGGUCACCGAGGGUGUCGGGGAGAGCCUCUUCCUGCCCAGAACAGAUUACAGUUUCCACAAGUUCCACUACCUGACCUUCGUGCCCUCAGCCGAGGACUUCUAUGACUGCAAGGCGGAGCACUGGGGCCUGGACGAGCCGCUUCUCAAGCACUGGGAGGCCCAGGAGCCCAUCCAGAUGCCUGAGACGACGGAGACUGUGGUCUGUGCCCUGGGCCUGGCGGUGGGGCUGGUGGGCAUCAUUGCUGGCACCACCCUCAUCACAAGGGCUCUGCGAUCCAGCAGUGACCCCCGGGCCCGGGGGCCCCUGUGAAAAUAAUUCUGUAAAGAAGACCUGGCAGAGAUCUGAAUUCCAGCUGCCCUGCGAACUUCAGUCUUAACUUCCCUUCUUACUGCCUUCUUGUGCUCUCUACCAUGACUUACUUGCUGAUUCCUUCAAGUCCAAAGUCUUUUUUUUUUUUUGUGACCUUAAAGCACCCAACCCCUAGAAAAUUCCUAAAACAAAGAAGGUUAUCAAUGUUGAUGUUUUGUAGCACUGGUGAGGAGAUGAUCCCCUCACCGGACUCCCCAUCCCCUCAUCUCCUUUGAAGAACUCUCCACUGCACCCUUCUUGAGAAUUCCCCAAGACCAAUAAAUCCUUCAGUAUUUCAGA